AGCGAGCGAGGCGGAGGGGGAAUUGAACAAAACUACCAGAAACAAGCCAGAAGCGACUCGUUCCGCCCUUCCUGAGCUACAAUGAGCCGGCCGACGGGGAGGGAGUGAGAAGUGAAACUCGAGGAGAAAGUUGCGGCGAGUGAGGCGCCGGCCGGAGCCGGGAGGAAGGCGGCGGUCGGGGCAGUGAAGGAUCGGGCGGCUGGGACCGCGAGUUCGCGGCUGAGGCGGGCGCUCGCUCGGAGGCCAGGCCGAGGCUCGGCAGCGCAGCGGAGCGGAGCGAGUCACCAUGGAUUUCAAGACGGCGGUGUUCAACGCGGCCCGCGACGGCAAGCUGCGGCUGCUGCAGAAGCUGCUGACGGCCAAGAGCCCCGACGAGGUGUCGGUGUUGGCGGCCGAGAAGACCAACGGCGCCACCGCGCUCCUGAUGGCGGCCCGUUACGGCCACUUGGACGUGGUGGUUUACCUGCUGGAGGAGUGCGGCGCCGACGUGGAGCUCGGCGGCUCCGUCAACUUCGACGGCGAGACGAUCGAAGGGGCGCCGCCGCUGUGGGCCGCCUCGGCCGCCGGCCACUUGCCGGUGGUGAAGUCGCUGCUGGAGCACGGCGCGUCGGUCAACAACACCACCCUGACCAAUUCGACGCCGCUCAGGGCCGCCUGCUUCGACGGGCACCUGGAUAUCGUGAAGUAUCUGAUCGAGCAUGACGCCGACAUGGAGGUGGCAAACCGGCACGGACACACCUGCCUCAUGAUCUCCUGCUACAAGGGCCACCGCGACAUCGCCAAGUACCUGCUGGAGAAGGGGGCCGAUGUCAAUAGGAAAAGCGUCAAAGGGAAUACAGCUUUGCAUGACUGUGCUGAGUCUGGGAGCCUGGAAAUCAUGAAGAUGUUGCUUAAGUAUGAAGCCAGAAUGGAGAAGGAUGGUUAUGGGAUGACUCCACUACUUUCUGCCAGUGUAACUGGUCAUACCAACAUCGUGGACUUUCUAACCCAGCACCCUCAAACAAGUAAAACUGAACGCAUUGAUGCCCUGGAGCUUCUAGGAGCCACAUUUGUGGACAAGAAGAGAGAUUUGUUAGGAGCGAUGAAAUACUGGAAGAAAGCCAUGGACAUGCGAUACAGUGAUGGGGCUAAUAUCCUUGCUAAACCAGAGCCCCAGCAGUUGAUAAUGGCUUAUGAUUAUGCCAAAGAAGUGAUGUCAGUAGAAGAGCUGGAAGCAUUGAUUGCUGAUCCGGAUGAAAUGAGAAUGCAGGCAUUGUUAAUCAGAGAAAGAAUACUGGGUCCUUCACAUCCAGAUACAUCUUACUACAUAAGAUACAGAGGUGCUGUCUAUGCUGAUUCUGGCAAUUUUGAGCGGUGCAUCAACUUGUGGAAGUAUGCAUUGGAUAUGCAACAGAAUAAUCUCGACCCUCUGAGUCCAAUGACAGCAAGCAGUUUGCUGUCUUUCGCUGAGCUUUUUUCUUUUAUGCUGCAAGACCGGACAAAAGGAGUCUUGGGAACCUCGGUAUCCUUUAAUGAUUUGAUGGGGAUAUUGAGCAAAAGUGUCUUUGAAAUAGACAGAGCCAUGAAGCAGGAGCAAGCCCUGUCUGACUUGACCCAGUUGAGCAAAGCCCUGUCAAUAAUCUUGCAUCUAAUCUGUUUGUUAGAGAAGGUGAAAUGUACCUCUGAACAAGAAUAUCUCAAGCGGCAAACUAUCUACAGAUUUCUAAAACUGAACUCUCGAGGAAAGACUGGGUUUUCACCCCUUCAUCUGGCCGUUGAUAAAGAUACUACUUCUGUGGGUCGUUACCCCGUUUGUAAGUUUCCAUCUCUGCAGGUGACUGCCAUGUUGCUGGAGUGUGGAGCAGAUUUCAAUGCAAGGGACUUUGAAAACAACAGUCCACUGCACAUUGCAGCACAUAACAAUCACCGGGAAAUCAUGAAUCUUCUCAUUAAAGCAGGUGCACACUUCGAUACCACAAACUGCCAUAAGCAGACAGCCUGUGAUUUACUGAAUGAGAAGGAAGUGGGGAAAAACUUGAUCCAGCCAAUCAACCACACAACUUUGCAAUGUCUUGCUGCCCGUGCCAUAGUAAAAUACCGAUUAGUUUAUGAAGGACAGAUUCCAGAAAAACUAGAGGCUUUCAUUUUACUUCACAGAUGAUUUGAACAAUAUUUGGAAGUCUGUAAAUAUUUGUAAGGAAUUAGUCAUGUGCUUUAGUUCAUCUGUAUGCUAAAGGAUGUUGAAUGGAUUCAGCAGCUUUUAGUGAAUUAUGGCUGCAUGUUAUUUUUGCUGCCUUGGUCACCUUGCACCCAGUUCAUGCACCGUGAUAAUGCAUGUAUGGAAAGUAUAUUGUAUCUGUUCAUCAGUAUUUUAAUAGACGAAAAUGUAUGCUGCUUUGCAUUUGGUUAUACUUUGGAUUGACUAGUUUGCAGUUUUAACAACCUCUAAACUUUGUUAUACUAGUGGAAUUGUACUUUCAACCUGUCGUUAUAAAUAUCUCUACUGGUGUGUUAUGCAAUGUUCAGUUUCUUAGAACAAAAUCAGGUUUGCCAUUUUGUUUUGAUACUGCAUAUUGUGGACCAUUUUGUUCUGCAGACUGUCGCAGCUGGCUUUAACAUUGUUAAUACCUUAAGUGCUUUUAAGUUUCCAGUGGAGUGACUUGGAGAAAUGACUGCUCUGUUAACACACCACUAUGCAGAACCUGGAACUUGAUUGGAUGUUGGAUACAUUUCUCAUGCUCGUAGUGUGUGUUCACUUAGUUUAAAAAGUUUUUUAUUAAAUCAAACUGCUUAAGGCAUUUCAGACACUUUGCUGUUGGAAGUACCUAGGGGCUCUUUGUAUAUAAAUAGGGCUUUCACCCUUAAAUUGCUGCAUUUGACUUUUUAAAAUGUCUAUUAUCAAGGGGGGUAUAAGCUGCCAUCAAAGGAGUCUGCAACUCAAGUUAAUGCAUCCCCAUCUUAAGAUCCAGCUCUUUUGAUGGCUUUUUACGGGAAGCUUAAAAUUUAUUUUCUUUAGUUUGAAGUCAGCCUGACUCCCGUAGGGUAUUUAUAAUUGCCACCUCUGCAUCAGAAAUUUGUCUGAUAAGCAGCAUCCACUUUACUGUCAAACAGGAAGGAUUACUUUUCUGAAAGUUGUUGGAUUCAGAUAGUUACUGUAUUUCUGCACUUUACUGAGAAAUAAGAAUGGCACAUUGGCCACGUAUGUCUUAAAUAAAGCAUUCACAAUAAAAUGCAAAACUCUGCACUUGCCUAUGCUAGUGUCAAAUUGUUUAGCCAGCUGAUGUCUGGGGGUGCAGAGAUUUAAAGUAUUGCUGUUUUGAUUUACUAGUAGCAUCAUUUAAUCUAUAGAUGUCUUGAACACAACUGGAAUUCAUUUACUUGUAUUGAUUAACAAUAAGAUAUUCAGUACAAGUGGGGGAAAAUUGUAUACAUUUGUUGAUUUCAGCGCUUUGGUUUAUGUGAAGCUUCCCUAAACUAAGGACGGGUAUUGGCACUCUGGAGCUCUGAGUUCUUCACUUAUCUCAGCUCUGUGCUGAAAUAAACUUUAUGUAAUUCAAACAUAACUCAUAAAUGUUACUUUAUUUUUCUCCAUAAUUUGCUUUGGUUGAAUGCAUCAUCUUUAUCAGUUUCUGUGGUCACUAACCUAGACCCUUUUUUCAAACCAAGCCCUGUGUUGGGUACACCUUUGAUAUUUUAUUGAAUUUUCUCCAGAUGCACUGAUUACUAUUCUUAAGAUUAGCUUCUAACAUUAUUAAUGAUCAAACUUCUAUUUGAAACAGAUGACUGAGAAGAGUCUUGGCAACUAUCAUUGUCAAAACUAUUGGUUUUGUGUGGUUUUAUGGGGUAUUCAGUAUUGAGGCCUUUUCAUUAAGGGUCAAUUUUUAUGGGUUGUGUUGAAUUUCAAGGUUAUCAUUUUUGUAUUGCUUCUGUAUGACCUUGCUGAUCUAUAUUGUCUUAACCUUGUUAAAUUUUGCUGUAUUUUUGCACGCUAUCUUCUUCCCAGACUUGCAAAAUUCCUCUGAGAGCAACAUUGUUUUAACUGUCAUCUUCUAUGCACUUUUUUCUUAAUGGUUUUUAGCAGUGCCUUGGGAUAUCAAGGUCUUGGUUCUGAAACCAAUUCUUGCAUGCUUUCACAUUAGAUUUUGUAAGUAUAGUAGAACAGGAAAUUUUGCUAGAAGGUUGUAUUUAUUACAAUGCACUUGCACCUUAAAGACACACUUUUCCAUUGAAACACAUUUACAAAACUGUUGCCCAACUGUUUUUGCUCAAUUUACAACUAAAACUGCAUAGUACAUGCUAAAUUAUUAGUAUUAUUUGUAUUUGUCAAGCUGCUACCUGUAAGUGUAAGGAGUUUGUAUGUUUUUCCCUUGGCUGCGUGGGGUUCCUCUGGGUCCUUUGCUUUCCUCCCACAUUCCAAAGACAUACGGGUUAGUAGGCUGGUUGGGCUGGAAGGGCCUGUUACUGUGCUGUAUCUCUAAAUAAAAAUAAAAUUUCUAUAAAUUGGUGUGAAAAUUUAGAGCAUACAAAUGUGCGUUGUGUUAAAUUUCCUUUAUAUGCAAUCUUGCGCUACUGUCUUCAAGCAAUUGAUGGUGGGAGGUUUUGGGAGCUAGUUCGAUCUUUCAUAGUCCUAUCCAAAGAGUAAUUUUCAUCUUGAGUGUUAAUUCUCCUAAUAUCUCUUUUGGUUCUGAUAAAAUGGUUCAGCAAGAGCUUGGUCAUCAGCUAGAUGUUUAUCUUUUUUGCUUUGAAAUAGAUUAUAUCCUAAUAAACAGCUUUCCCCCUCAAUUAACUCAUCAAAACAUGGCAAGUAGCUACUGGAUUUGCUGUUUUGUGCAAACUGAUACUUUAAAAUUUUCUCUUCAGUGGUGUGAAAGGUAAUAUGUUAAGUUGUUGACUGUUGCAUACCAUAAUUAAGAUGGU